AUGAAAAUGGACAUAUACGAGCCAUUUCAGCAAGUUGGCAUGUGGGGUGACAGCUUUAAAGUUGAUGGUGGCCUAAAUUCAAUUGCUUCCCCAAUGUUAAUGGUUGACACUACUGUGGAGAACAAGUCCGAAUAUAUUCCUCAAGAAUCAAGAGAGGUUUCUGGAGCCGAUCAAGAGACCACAAAUAAAGAUGUUAUUAAGAUGAGAAGACGUCUAGCACAGAAUAGAGAGGCUGCUCGGAAAAGUAGGCUAAGGAAAAAGGCGUAUGUAAAACAAUUGGAAUCAAGCCGUACGAAGCUCCUGCAACUGGAGCUGGAAAUUGGGAAAGCAAGAAAGCAGAGUCUGUACAUGGGGACUGCAUUAGAUGGCAGCUAUAUAGGAUCAACAUCAGAAACAAUCAACCCAGGGAUUGUUGCUUUUGAAAUUGAAUAUGGACAAUGGGUUGAAGAGCAACAAAGGCGGAAUGAAGAGCUGAGACAUGCCUUUCAAACGCAAGCACCUGAUGUUCAGCUCAAUGUAGUGAUUCAGAGUGUCUUAAACCAUUACUCAAAUCUCUUCAGAAUGAAAGCAGAUGCUGCAAAAGCUGAUGUUCUUUAUUUACUCUCUGGUGUGUGGAAAGCAUCAGUGGAGCGCAUCUUCCUUUGGAUUGGAGGGUCCCGUCCAUCACAGCUUCUAAACAUCAUCGUGCCACAACUUGAGCCUUUGACUGAUCAACAAAUUGUUGGUAUUGAAAAACUCUGCCUAUCAUCUCAGCAAGCUGAAGAUGCUCUUUCACAGGGAUUGGAAAAACUUCAGCAGAGUUUGGUCCAUGACAUGGCAGUUGAUCCAUCCGGUGUAGGAAACUUUGGACUUCAGAUGGCUCUUGCUAUGGACAAAUUUGAGGCACUAGAAGGUUUUGUAAACCAGGCAGAUCACCUUAGACAAGAAACUCUGCUUCACAUGUCACGCAUCCUCUCAACUCACCAAGCUGCUCGUGGCUUGCUGGCUCUUGGGGAAUACUUUCACCGUCUUCGCACUCUUUGCUCUCUUUGGUCUUCUCGUCCAUGUGAACUUGCCUAG